AUGGUCUGCGGACAGACCGAGCUUUUCUGGGGGAGAUUGUCAUUUACUUUAAAUGAGGCCGACGACGACAACGAGAUACCGUAUCGGGCGCAAUCAAGAUGCAAUCUGUCUGUUAACAUGAAGGGGCCAGGUGGAGGGCCGCAAGUGCGAUUUCGCAAUGGCCCGGCCGAUGUCUUCCGGGAAUGGCACGCAGAAGCCAAGAUUGACCGACAGCAACAACGUUAUUGUUUGUCCGGCGCGCAGGCUAUCAGAAGACGCACGCUUUACCGCCUCCGCGCCAUCAUGUGGCCGUGGAACAAUAUCAAGAUGCUUCAAUGGUGUGGAACUCUGAGAGCACGCAGCAUGUGUGCGCUUCGCCCUCCAGAGGUUCGCCGUAGACAUUCGAUACCCUGGCCCGCGAUCUGGACUGGUACCUGCUGCACCGUGCCGCGCGAUAUCGAUGCAAGUGCUAGAAAAGGGAAGACUCGAGAGUGA